GUUUUUGAUAAACUGAUUCAGAAUAUGGUCUAGAAACACAGAUAUACUUCAUGAAGACUAAACCAGAGCUUUACAAGGACAGGGCAGAAAUCUGCAAUCUGAAGACUGGUGCAGGUGCCGAGCAGGAUGCUGCUAUCAGACUUGCCCAAGAACGAGCAGAGAUAGUUGCCAAGUAUGACAGAGGCCGGGAGGGUGCGCAGAUUGAGCCAUGGGAAGAUGCUAACUAUCGUCUCUACAAAGUCAUAGAUAGAUUUGGGUUUCUACAUCCACAGGAGCUUCCUGUCCAUGAUGCAGCGGCAGAAAAGCAAAAGCACCUUGAAAUUGAAAGGACUACAAAAUGGGUGAAGAUGCUGAAAAGCUGGGAAAAAUACAAGAACAGUGACAAGUUUCAUAGCAGAAUUUAUAAAGGAAUCCCACAGCAGUUCAGAGGGCAAGUCUGGUCUUUACUACUUGACAUCCCUAAAAUGAAAGAAGAAAUGAACGACUUCUAUAAUAAAUUGAAGUGUCACGCGCGAAGGUCUUCACCAGAUAUUAGGCAAAUUGAUCUUGAUGUAAAUCGAACAUACAGAGAUCACAUCAUGUUUCGAGACAGAUACGGGGUUAAGCAACAAUCUUUAUUCCAUGUUUUAGCUGCAUAUUCCAUAUAUAAUACGGAAGUUGGAUAUUGUCAGGGAAUGAGCCAGAUCACAGCUUUACUCCUUAUGUACAUGAAUGAAGAAGAUGCCUUCUGGGCCUUGGUGAAGCUUUUCUCUGGUCCAAAGCAUGCCAUGCAUGGUUUUUUUGUUCCUGGUUUCCCAAAACUGUUGAGGUAUCAAGAGCAUCACGACAAAGUACUGACAAAAUUUCUGACCAAACUUAAGGAGCAUUUGGACUCCCAGGAUAUAUCCACUGGUUUUUACACAACAAAAUGGUUUUUGCACUGUUUCCUUGGUCAUACUCCCUUUACGUUAAGCCUCAGGAUAUGGGAUAUCUACCUACUUGAAGGAGAGCGGAUUCUCACUGCUAUGUCUUACACGAUUCUGAAACUACACAAAAGGCGGCUAAUGAAGUUACGAAUGGAAGAACUUGCAGAAUUUCUGCAGGGCACUUUAGCCAAGAAUUUCUUCUAUGAAGAUGACUAUGUAGUAGACCACCUCCAAAAUUCUAUGUCAGAAUUGAAACGAGCAAAGCUGGAUUUACCCGUACCUGGUAAAGAAGAUGAAUUCCCAAAGAAGCCAAUGGGGCAGAUUCCAUCAGGACCUCAGCCUCUGAUGCUUAACUCUACCCCAGUGCUUAAUGGACAGAACAGCACUGGUACACAGACAAGGACAGAAAGGAGACUAUCCACAGAAGAAGCAGGAAGUUCACCAAAUAACUGGAAAAGAAUGAAUUCAGUGGGAAAGAAACCUUCCUUAAAACAGCAGAAGGCUCAACUGAUAGAGACACAAAGUAGUAUGUCUAAGAAUGAGGUAGACACCAGAAGAAAGCCUCAGCCAGCACAGCAGGAAAACUCGAGACAGUAUAAUAAUGCAGCUGCUAAUCAGAAUUCUAAUGCUGCUUCAAAUACUAGAAGGGAAUUUAUACCUAAGUGAAAUAAGCCAUCUGAUAGCAGAAUAAUUGAAAAGACAAUGAAACUUUCUGCAGAAGUGAAAGACAGGCCAGUAAACCAUUCGGUUUCAGGCCCACCACCAAGUCCUGUAGACACGCAGCCUUUGAAUGUAAAGCAGAAGAUGAGGGGUUUGGUUGCUGAUGAAGGUAAGCGAGGGUCGAAUGCGUCUCAGUAUGACAACGUUCUGGAAACUGAGAAUGAGAAUCUUGUUGAAGAGAUGCUUGAGAGAUCUCAGCCACAGAGCCUGAGGCAUGGUGCAUAUUCUAAUAGUCCAGGAAAGCAACCUGACAGAAAACCAGCUCCAUUAAAAAUACCCAGUUACACCUUCACUUCACAACCCAGAUCUCCAAAAUACUCCUUGCAAUCCAAUGGACCACCUCACGGACUGAAUGUAGAACAGCAACUGCCACAUUACAGGAAUCCACCUUCUUACCAUGGAAAUUCCCGAAUGCAUGUUUCCAGUAUAGGCAAUAUGAAUUCUGUUCCUCUACAUUAUCAUGGGAAUCAAACCAGCCCUUCUGGGAGGCCAUAUGGUUCUUUUAUUUCAGUAGAUUAUUCUCCAGAUAAAUUACAAAUGAAUUCCUAUCCUGCCAGUCGCCAAAAUCCUCUUUCAACAACCCCUGGGCAGAUAGAAGUAGCCCCUGUUGAUACUUAUACCAGCAACUCAAGAUCCCCCCCAGGUGUCAAAUUCAUAACCCCUCCAGUGGAUUAUUUACCAGAAGAUAGAAAGUGGCCAGAUGCUGCUUAUAUGUACAGACAUGAACCCUACAGGCAGCCCUGGAGCCGAGAUGUUAAUGAAGGCCACUUGGAAGAUUUCCAGGUGUAUCAGCAAUUUCAGUCAACAGAUUUUCAAGACCAUACCGUUAGUCCCGUUUGUGUGAAUAGUCCAAUAAGAUACAGGACUUCACCAGCCUUUGAAGACCAGGGCUCACCAUAGCACCAAUAUUCAAGCCGGUCUGCACAAGCCCAACACUCUCAAAAUAGAAAUGAUGGAUUGUCUGUGCAUGAAUCUGUGCCUCUCUGAGAAUCUUAACUAAACUCAAUAAACCGGCAAAGCCCAAACGCAAUCAAACAUUACUGCGUUAGCAGUCAGUUCUUCUAUGAAAUACAGACAGUUCACAUGCAUCUCAAAAAUGACACUAUUUCAGAGAUGUUUCAGACUUUCAUUGAAGGCUAGUUGAGUCCUUAGACUUGCAUUGAAGCUAUUGAAGGUGAUCCAGUGCACAUAGACAUAGCAAUAAGAUCGUAUGCGUGGUGUGGUUAAUACUGUCAUUGUUCUUUAUGGUU